AUGGGUGACGUAGACCUUCCACUCGGAGAGCAAUGGCAUUCCCAGCCUCGCCGGCUUCGGAUCAUCUGUGUGGGAGCUGGGGCUGCCGGCUUACUUUUGGCUUAUAAGAUGCAGAAGCAAAUGCGGGACUUUGACCUGACCAUUUAUGAGAAGAACCCGGAAGUUGGAGGCACAUGGUACGAAAAUCGGUAUCCUGGAUGUGCCUGUGACGUGCCAGCACAUGUUUACACUUACUCCUUCGAACCAAAUCCCGACUGGUCUCAGUUCUACGCAUCGGGUCCAGAAAUUCAACAAUACUUUGUUAGGUUUGCUGAAAAGUACCAUCUCCUUCCGUAUAUUCGCUUCGGCACAAAGGUCCAACGGGCUGAAUGGAUCGAAGAGCGAGGUUGCUAUCAGAUCGAACUGGAAACGAAUGGCAAACGCUUCGAGGAUUGGUGCCAUGUUUUGAUCAACGCCACUGGAAACCUGAACAAAUGGAAAUGGCCUGAGAUUAAAGGGCUGCACAGUUUCCAAGGCACCCUUCUACAUAGUGCUGACUGGGAUACGUCGGUCUCGUACAAGGACAAGACCGUGGCAGUAAUAGGGACGGGAUCAUCAGCAAUUCAGAUUGUGCCACAGAUCCAACCGAAAGCAAAACGUCUGCUUACGUUCAUGAGAUCGGCCACAUGGAUCAGUCCUCCUAUCGCGGCAGACAUGGUCGUACAGGCCAAUGCUAACGAGAAAGCCGUGGCCGAUGCAGGGGCUACCGACCAGCCGAUAACGUUGAACCACAGCUACACCGACUCGGAAAAGGAACGUUUCAAAAAACAUCCUGAAGAGUUCUUGGCUUAUCGCAAAGGGCUGGAAGCGCAAUUUACGUCCCAGUUCGACCUCUACUUGACCGGUUCCAAAGCGUCCCAAGAGGCCCAGCGGAUAAUGCAGGAGCAAAUGAUACAGAGAAUCGGACCUGGCCACGAAGAGUUGAAGAAAAGGCUCAUCCCUUCCUGGGCACCGGGAUGCCGGCGUCUAAGCCCUGGGGCUGGCUACCUCGAAGCCCUUGUCCGAAGCAAUGUCACCAUCGUUUAUGACGAGAUUUCCAAAAUCGUCACCAAUGGCCUGGUGGACCAGAACGGAAAAUUACAUGAAGUGGACCUGAUUGUGUGCGCCACCGGCUUUGAUGUCUCCUUCAAACCCUCAUUCAAGGUCUUCGGGGUUGACGGCGCCGAUAUGCACCAGGAAUUCGAUCCGGAACCGGUCGUCUACCUGGCAAUGGCAGUGCCGAAAUUCCCCAACUAUUUCACCAUCAACGGGGUUCGUGGCAACUGGGCCACGGGAACCGCGUUGAAUGCACAAGAAGUAUGCAUCGACUACAUCCUCCAGUGUCUGCGUCGAAUCCAGACUGAAGACAUUCGGGCCUUGGAGGUUCGAAGGGAGCCUGUUCUCGAGCUGUACGAGCGUACCGACAGAUGGCAUCAACGAUCUGUUUGGAACCAGGACUGCAAAAGUUGGUACAAAAACAACAUUCCCGGUGGCAAACUGUGGAUCUGGGGUGGAUCCUCACUACAUUAUCUCAAAACGCUCGAGAUUGUUCGAUGGGAGCACUACAUGUUCCGUUAUAACCAAGUCAACAUUUGGGGAUUUUUGGGCAACGGAAAAGUCAAGGCGGAGGUGGAAAGGGAUCUUGCAGGAUUGACACCAUACAUUCGAAAUCGCGAUGAGCCUUGGAGCAUUGAAUAG